AUGGCCUCUCAAAAGGCCAAAGUCUUUUUUGCAAAGGUCUUGGAUAAGGCGGCCAAGCUCCUCAUGGAGGAGGCUGGGCUCCCCGCCAGGGCGGCGGUGGCAGAGGCGGACGGCAUGUGCUUCGAGGCGUUCGACAGAGCCCUCAACCUGGCCAUGGAGGAGUCAGAGAGAAAGGCAGUGCAGUGCGACUGGCUCGUCGUCAUCGCUGGGCGCUUCUUGUGGGUCGUGGCUUGCGAGCAUUGCGGGUAUUCUCUGGAGACCAUGCCACCAAUCGGCGACCUCGUUGUCCCGGCCCGCCCGAUGAAGGGUGAUGAUGCGACCGCAUCACCGGAUCACCUCAGGCGCAUCAAGCACGCCCUGGAGACGUUUGUCGCGCAAGGGGAGGCCCUAAAGCAACGGCAGAAGGAAAUCAUGGAGAAAUUGCCUUAG